GGUUUUAUUCAAUUACCUGCGGGACCAGGGUUUUAGAAAGCUCUAAACAAUCAGUGAAGAUGAACGUCUCUUCAUGGUUUCGACGUACCAAAAAGGGAUCUUCAUCGCAACCAGCAGCAACGGCGAUAAUCAAUCAAAACGAUGAACAACGCCACUUGUAUGGAAUCACUGAUGAUUUGAUUGGUCUUAUCAACUCCUUCACCAUUGAAACAUUCAAAAACUUCAAUCUCCAAGAAGCAGCUAUUGAUGGAGCCGAAUCAACGUCUGGGAAUGUGCAAAAGGAUUUGUCUGAUUGGCAAGAGAAACAUGCUAUCAUUGUUCUUUCAAAAGUCAAGGAACUAUCACAACUUAGGUUUAAAUUAUGUCCACGCCACUUGAAAGAACGGGAAUUUUGGAGAAUUUAUUUUACCCUUGUGAAGAACUAUGUUGCAAAAUAUGAGUUACACGCCAUACGAUUAGAGAAACUUAAACAGAUUGCAGUAGAGAAUACGAAAGAUUCAAAUACAAGUGCAUAUGAAGUUGAAAUGUUAGAAUCAAGGAAGUCAACAAAUUUGGAACCUGCAACUUCCCUGGAAUAGAUGCUGAAUCAUUCUAGACAGUCAAGAAUUACCAGGUAGUUGUUACUUGUUCUUUCGUCUUCAUGAAGUAAACAUGAUUUUUUGUGUACUUUCUGAUACUUUUUAAGGUAAUUUUCUGUUGUAAUUAUCGUGAUAUCUCCUCAUUCAUUGUAUAGGUUCGCAAAUGAUGAAUUCUUUUAAGCAAAUAGAUUAAGAACUUUUCACUCAUACRUAAAUUACCACAAAUAUAUCAGUUAAAACACUAAGCCAGAAGUGAUAAAAAAUGAUUUAACUGUAUCUGAUAUCUGUAUAUGGGGUCUAAAUAGAAUAUAUAAAUAAUAUAUUUGUAUUGAUUAAUUAUUUAGAAGAAAAAAAAAAUCAUACAUUAAAAAGGGCAAAAGUCUAAAGCUAUACUAUUUUUCAGAUCARUAAACUAAUUUUAGAGGGAGAAAAUUCCACCCAACUCCAAAAAUUACUAUGUUAUUAUGCUUACCACUGUUACUGUAAGCCACCACAAACACACACCAACRCUAACACAAACCAAAAUUAGUUUCUAUCGUCAUAUCUAGAUUUACACCUUUCUCGCACGUACCACCUCAAUCAAUCCCUUCCUGCCACUUUUUUUUUGAGUCAUUUGUUUGACAACUUUGAGGAAGUGUUUUGCCUGAUCUGAUUGUGGUAGUCUAGAGUAUUCACAUGUGAUUCAUAAGCUCUUCUGUUUGAUAUGCAAUUGAAGAAACUGUGAAAGCAUGACAGUUUCACUGAUUUGCCAAAGUUUGAUGGUAAAUUUGUUUCAUUUACUGUUUUAGUGUACA